GCUGUAUUCAAUAAAUUACCACCAAGUAUAGCGAGAUUUUCACCAGAAGAGCCAGAUAUUAUUGUAUAUACUGGCUAUGGUAUGCAGAAAAAUAUGCAGUUCUACAGCUUGUCUCAAAGAAAGGUUGUGAGGACAUUAGCAUUAACUCACUGGUGUAGAAGUUUAGAUCUGGUUGCUGAAUGUCCACUCAUUGCUAUAGGUGCUAAUGAGCGCCUGCUGAAACUAUUGGACUAUUUUGAAGGCAGUUUCCAGGACUUUAUAGGACAUAAUGAUAGAGUUCAGACUGUAAAAUUCUCUCCAGAUGGCAAAUAUCUUUUCUCCGCCUCUCAUGCAGAAAUAUUCAUCUGGGAUGUGACUCUUUGAUAGUAUAGAAUGUUACACUGAGGUCUUGCAUUGAAUAUUCAUCUGGGAUGUGACACUUGUAUUGAAUAUUCAUCUGGGAUGUGACAUUUCAAUUGUACAAGAUGUAACAGUGACAUGUUUGAGUGUAACAUUUUUAUGUGACACUUCAAUAGCAUGAAAUAUUACACUGAAAUGUUGAGUGUAACAUUUUUACAGAUAGUAAACUGUGAUAAUUAUGAAUGUUACACUGAAAUCUGAGGUGCAACAUAAGAGUUAGUGUAGAAUGUUACACUAAUUACACUGUUUUGUGAGAUG